UUCUGUCGCAGCCUUUCAUCUGUGCGUCCUGUGCCGCAGCAGCGCGAGGAAACGCGGAGGCUCCUGGACCUGCGCCGCACUUCAGAUCCGUAUGAGGGACGUGAAAGUUGUCCCGGUCCCUCUGCACCGAAACGGCUCCAUCUGAACGAGACUUAACGCGGUGAGCGGAGGUAAGCCAUGGAGGAUGGGAAGCCAGUGUGGGCGCCCCACCCCACCGAUGGGUUCCAGCUGGGCAUGAUCGUUGACAUAGGAGCCGACGCGCUCACCAUAGAACCGCUGAACCAGAGGGGCAAGACGUUUCUGGCUCCUAUGAACCAAGUCUUCCCAGCAGAGGAUGAUGUCAACAAACACGUCGAUGACAACUGUUCCCUCAUGUACCUCAAUGAAGCCACGCUUCUCAACAAUGUCAGAGUUCGGUACACUAAGGAUCACAUCUAUACGUACGUGGCGAAUAUCCUGAUAGCUGUUAAUCCUUACUAUGACGUACCGAAACUGUACGGGCCUGACGCCAUCAAGUCGUACCAAGGAAAGUCGCUGGGAACUCUACCGCCCCACGUCUACGCUAUAGCGGAUAAAGCCUACAGGGACAUGAAGGUGUUAAAGAUGAGUCAAUCCAUCAUCGUUUCUGGUGAAUCUGGAGCUGGAAAGACUGAAAACACCAAGUUUGUUCUCAGAUACCUGACAACAACAUACGGCAGCGGUCAAGACAUUGAUGAACGAAUUGUGGAAGCAAAUCCCCUUCUGGAGGCGUUCGGAAACGCGAAAACCGUCCGUAACAACAACAGCAGUCGGUUUGGGAAGUUUGUAGAAAUUCACUUCAAUGACAAAAACGCUGUUGUGGGUGGAUUCGUCUCCCAUUACCUGCUGGAGAAAUCCAGGAUCUGUAUGCAGAGCAACGAGGAGAGGAACUACCACAUCUUCUACCGGCUGUGUGCCGGGGCGUCUGACGACCUGAAGAAGACGUUACACCUCGACUCACCCGAUAACUUCAGGUACCUGAACCGAGGAUGCACCAGAUACUUCGCCAGUAAGGACUCUGAUAAACAAAUCCUACAGAGCCGCAAAAGUGCUGAGCAUGUGAAGCUGGGUGCUCUCCGCGACCCCCUGCUGGACGACCAGGGCGACUUCAACAGGAUGUGCGUGGCCAUGAAGAAGAUCGGCCUGAACGACACGGAGAAGCUGGACCUCUUCAGGGUCGUCGCUGGCGUUCUGCAUCUGGGAAACAUCGACUUUGAAGAAACUGGGAGCUCCUCAGGUGGUUGCACCAUUAAGAAACAGUCGGACCAGACGUUGAAGUUCUGCGCGGAGCUGCUGGGUCUGGACCAGGACGACCUGCGGGUCAGCCUCACAACUAGAGUUAUGCUCACGACAGCAGGGGGCGCCAAAGGCACGGUUAUCAAGGUUCCUCUAAAGGUGGAGCAGGCGAACAAUGCUCGAGAUGCGCUGGCCAAGGCCGUGUACAGCCGCCUCUUCGAUCACGUGGUCAAACGGGUCAACCAGUGCUUCCCCUUCCAGGCGUCCUCCAACUUCAUCGGCGUGUUGGACAUCGCCGGGUUUGAAUACUUUGAGCACAACAGCUUUGAACAGUUCUGCAUCAAUUACUGCAAUGAGAAACUGCAGCAGUUCUUCAACGAACGCAUCCUCAAAGAGGAGCAGGAGCUCUACCAGAGGGAAGGGCUCGGGGUGAACGAGGUGCAUUAUGUGGACAACCAGGACUGCAUUGAUCUUGUGGAGGCGAAGCUGGUGGGAAUCCUGGACAUCCUGGAUGAGGAGAACCGGCUUCCUCAGGCCAGCGAUCAGCACUUCACGUCGGCCGUUCAGACCAAACACAAGGAUCACUUCAGACUGACGGUUCCCAGGAAGUCAAAGCUGGCGAUCCACAGGAACCUUCGAGACGACGAAGGUUUUAUGAUCCGCCACUUUGCAGGAGCCGUCUGCUAUGAAACGACGCGGUUCGUGGAGAAGAAUAAUGACGCCCUCCACAUGUCCUUGGAGAGUUUAGUGUGUGAAUCAAAAGACAAAUUUGUUCGAGAGCUGUUUGAGAACUCCAGCACCUCCAAGGACUCCAAACAGAAGGCGGGCAAACUCGGCUUCAUCAGCGUCGGCAACAAAUUCAAGACACAACUAAACCUGCUCCUGGAGAAGCUCCGCAGCACGGGCUCCAGCUUCAUUCGCUGCGUGAAACCGAACCUGAAGAUGGUCAGCCAUCAGUUCGAAGGAGCGCUGAUCCUCUCGCAGCUGCAGUGCUCAGGGAUGGUUUCGGUUCUGGACCUGAUGCAGGGCGGCUUCCCCUCCAGGGCGCCAUUCCACGAACUCUACAACAUGUACAAGGCCUACAUGCCAGACAAACUCACACGGCUGAAUCCUCGACUCUUCUGCAAGGCUUUAUUCAAAGCUCUGGGACUAAAUGAAAAAGACUUCAAGUUUGGACUAACCAAAGUGUUCUUCCGCCCAGGAAAGUUUGCCGAGUUUGACCAGAUCAUGAAGUCCGAUCCAGAGCAUCUCGCUGAGCUGCUGAAGAAAGUCAACAAGUGGUUGCUGUGCAGCCUCUGGAAGAAGGUCCAGUGGUGCUGCCUGUCUGUCAUCAAACUGAGGAAUAAAAUGCAUUACAGAGCUGUAGCCUGUAUUAAGAUUCAGAAGACGGUCCGCAUGUGGCUGUGUAGGAAGAAACACAAGCCGAGGAUUGAAGGUCUGGUGAAAGUCCAGAAGCUGAAGAAGCACAUGGAGCGUUUCAACGAGGUGGUGAACGGACUGAAGGAAGGGAAGCAGGAGAUGGCCAAACAAGUCACAGAGCUGGCCAAAGCCGUAGACGCUCUGUUAGCGAAGAUCAAGGCCACGGUGAUGACCUGGAAGCAGAUCGACACCGAGUACCAGGCGCUGGUGAAACGCUCCGAGCAGCUGCUCGCCUCCAUGCAGAAGAAGAAACGGGAGGAGGAAGAGACGGAGAGACUGAAACACAUCGAGGAGGAGAUGCAGAAGGAGAGGAAGAGGAGGGAGGAGGAAGAGCAGCGACGUAAACAGGAGGAAGAGGACCGACGGCUAAAAGCAGAGAUUGAAGUGAAAAGAAAGCAGGAGGAGGAAGACAGGAAGAAGAGGAAGGAGGAGGAAAAAGUUAUUCAGGCAGAACUGGACGUGCAGUUAGCUCUGGAGCGCGAGGAGCAGGUGCAGCGCGCCGCCAUGGUGGAGCAGGAGAGACGCGACCGCGAGUUGGCCAUGCGGAUCGCUCAGAGCGAGGCCGAGCUCAUCAGCGAGGACGGCCAGGGCGACGCGGGCCUGCGCAGCGAUGACUUCUUUUCAGGUCUUCCUAUCUCUUCAUCCUCAACCAGAGUCAUGGGCGCUCAGGUGCAGGCGACCAAAGCUGCUGCCGGCGUGAAAAAGUACGAUCUCAGCAAGUGGAAGUAUGCUGAGCUGAGAGACGUCAUCAACACGUCCUGUGACAUUGAGCUGCUGGCGGCCUGCAGAGAGGAGUUCCACCGUCGUCUGAAGGUUUAUCACUCCUGGAAGUCCAAGAACAAGAAACAAAAUGAUGACGGCAGCGACAUGAGGGCCCCUAAAUCCAUCACUGACUACGCUGAGCAGAACCCGGCUCCUCCAACUCCGGCCCAGCAUCAGGAAGUCGCCAUGAACCGCCAGCAGCGAUACUUUCGGAUUCCUUUCAUCCGACCCGCUGACCAGUACAAGGACCCGCAGAACAAAAAGAAGGGCUGGUGGUACGCCCACUUCGAUGGGCCGUGGAUAGCCAGACAGAUGGAGCUGCAUCCAGACAAACAGCCCAUUGUGUUGGUCGCAGGUAAAGACGACAUGGAGAUGUGUGAGCUGAGUCUGGAGGAGACGGGUCUGACCAGGAAGCGUGGCGCUGAGAUCCUGCCCAGGCAGUUUGAGGAGAUCUGGGAACGCUGCGAUGGGAUCCAGUACCUGAAGAGGGCGAUAGAGAACAAGCAGGCCCGGCCGACGUACGCCACCGCCAUGCUGCAGAGUCUCCUCAAGUGAAAACAUGCUUCUGCGUGAGCAGUUCACUGUCUCUGCGCUUUGUGGGAAAUUAGAAAAUAACAACGUGCAAAGAUGCUCCCUGUUCGUCUCUAAAUGCUCACUUGAUAUCAAUUCUUAUACUAAUUUAAUUUUCUAUUUUUUAUUAAUUUGCAGUGCAACACUUUCAUUUAGCAGCGUUAGCAAACUGGUUGUUGUUUUCUGAAAUCCCACUUUGAGGCCUUAAAAUCGCAGUAACGUUGCACCACAGACGUCUUAACUGGUUCAUCCUCUGUAGCUGUAAACUUAAAACCCAAACAGAAACACCAAAUUAGAGCUUUUACCGUCUUAUGAUGCCAUAAAAUUCAUGCUUUAUGGGUUUUGUGACUAUAAACGAGGACAGUUACCAUUUACACCGAAAUACAUGAUGUCAUAAGUUUUUAGCAAAGUCAGAAUCCAAUUCUUAUUCUUCAAACCAGCUCAUGCCGACUGAAUUAGAUCAUUUUAAUGUUUUACGUUGUCAGUUAUGGGAGAUUUCACGUAAUGUUGCAACAAUGUGAUGCCUGUAAAGAUUAGAAAGUCAUUUGUUUUUCCUGGCUGCUCCCGUUCUGCCUCUGGAGUCUUUUUUAUUGUUACUCAUUUGAUAUGGAAGAGGGAAAUGUUUUCAUGUUUGCAGUUUUGUGCAUUCAGGGUUGUUUUACAGCUAAUAACGUUGUUGGUGUUUGUGUUAUGUUUUUUUCUCGAUGGUUAAACAAACAAAUAUUUUACCUGGAAAAAAAAAAAAAAUCCCAGAAUCUGAGUUAUGAAACUGAGCUUGAUGGACUUUUCUCUGGAAAAACUGUAGAAAAUAAACAUUUCUGAAAAAUUC